CCGACAAUUUUACGGAGCUGGGUCGUCUGGUAUGUUUUUGCUGGGUUACAUCAACCAAGGACAUCAACGAUGUCUCCUAAUUAGUGAAAGAACGCGCAAAGGAUGCUGGGAAAGAAGGCAGCGCGACAAGCUUCGGUUAGGUAAGACAAGUUCGAAUGCCAUAGCUCAUUUUUCUGUGUUUACUUUGUAUCAGUCAAGUUUAGACGUGGAUUUACAUUUCUGUUCAUUUACGAUAUCGUCAUUAAAAAGGUAUUGUUACUUCAUCUUUGGGACAAUAAUGGUUGCAACAAGCACUUUAAUUCUUGGAGCAAAAAUAGCAGGAGGAGCAGCCGUAUUUAUUGGUGCUGCUACAGUUGCUUUGCCAACAGCUGGUUUCACAGCGGGUGGUGUUGCAGCUGGCAGCGCGGCAGCUGCCGCUCAGAGUUCGAUAGGAAAUGUUGCGGCAGGCAGUUUAUUCGCAUCACUUCAGAGUGCUGGUGUACUGGGCCUGGCAGCAUCUACUAAGGCAGCUAUUGGAACUGCUGGGGCUGGAAUAGUUGGCUAUUUCUCUAAACCUAAAUAACAUGACUGUAUUUUUUUUACCGCAA